AUGAGCCUCAAAAUCGAUCUCGCUUUCAUCCAACCAGCCGAGCACCGCCCCAAACCCACCUUCUCCGACGCCGGCGCCGCCACAAUCCCUCUCAUCGACUUCUCCCCUCUCCUCCAUCACCAGAUCCCCUCCAAUCCCUCCAAUCCCGCCAUCCCCAACGAGAUCUCGUCACUGAUCGCCGCCAUCGGCGCCGCCUGCCGCGAUUGGGGUUUUUUCCAGGUGAUCAAUCAUGGCGUCGAUCCGCAGCUGUUGGAGCGGAUUCAGGCGGCUGCGAUAGAGUUCUUUGCCCUUCCGGCGGAGGAGAAGCUAAAGGUGAAGCGCGAUGAGGUGAAUCCUUUAGGGUAUUAUGAUUCGGAGCAUACUAAGAAUGUUAGGGAUUGGAAGGAGGUUUUGGAUCUUGUUGUUAGAGAGUAUGAUGAUGGAUUGUUAGUGUUGAAGAACCGGUGGCCGGAGUACCCGCCGGCGAUGAGCUCUACUUGCGAGAUGUAUAUUGCAGCUGUGGAGAAAUUGUCCUAUAAACUCGUAGAGCUCAUUUCUUUGUCAUUGAAUUUGCAUGCAAAACGGUUGAAUGGCUUUUUUAAAGAUUCAUCUUGUUAUUUUAGACUUAACUACUAUAAACCUUGCCCCACGCCAGAUCUUGUGCUCGGCGUUGGCCGUCACAAAGACUCUGGGGCUCUUACCGUUCUUUAUCAAGAUCAGGUUGGUGGUCUUGAUGUCAAGAGGAAGUCUGAUGGAGAGUGGGUUCGAGUCAAACCAAUUCCCAACUCCUACAUUAUCAUUGUUGGAGAUAUAAUUAAGGUGUGGAGCAAUGAAAAAUAUGAGAGUGUGGAACAUAGAGUUUCAGUGAACUCUGAGAAAGCAAGGCUUUCCAUCCCAUUCUUCUUCCUCCCAACAUUCUCAACAAAUGUGAAGCCCUUGGAGGAGCUUGUAACUGAUGAAAACCCAGCCAAGUAUGAGGAGUACAACUGGAGAGAUUACUACAGUUCACGCCUGGGCAGCAACUUCAAGAAAAUGGAUAAAGAGAACCUCCAGAUAUCUCAUUUCAAGAAGACCACCAUCUAGUUCUGUAUAUCUAUUUAUGGAGUGUCAGUGAACUUAGAGAAGGAGAGGUUCUCCAUCCUAUUUUUCUUCAACCAUGUAGCCUCUACAAAUGUGAAGCCAUUGGAGGAGAUUGUGACUCUAAUUUCCAGAAAUUAGAAAAGGAGGAUCUUCAGAUUUAUCAUUUCAUGAGGGUUUAGUAUUUCAAUUCUGUUUGCUUUUAAACUUGUUUAAUAAAGCAAUGUGUAAUGUUGUGAUGUAAAUAAUUUGUACUUUAUUAUGUAUUAAUUAUAUGGUGUGGUUAUCGGUA